CAUCAUCAAAAACUCUGUCUCGUACCCCCAAAGUCCAUCCAUCGAGCAGAUUGUCGCGUAUCUCAGCCCCCAAGGCCAUGGACAUUGCCAUACCCAUGCCGCUCGUUAACGGGCAGCCACAGCAGCAGCAGCAGCAGCAGCAGCAGCAGCAGCAGCGCCAGGAUCACGGCUGGGCCGGAGACAUCCUCACCUCUCGGCCCGUCCCCCGCUCCUGGCGUCCCUCGGUCGCUGCCGCCGACCCGAAUCUCUCCGCCAUCCUCUCCGCCUCCAGCUACCCCAUCCCCACCCCGGGCCGCUGGCAAUACCCGAGCCCGUCCAUGUCGGAUUCCUAUGCAGGCUUGUACGGCGGGCUACAUAUGGAGCCGGCGGCGGCCCCCUGGGCAGAACAGCUGGCGAGGGCCAACGAGGUCGCGACCAGCGAGUCUGAGUCGGCGGACCGCGGCACUCCCGAUGCUGCCGGCGCGGCGGCGGCGGGAGCUCCCAAGACAAAGCGGAGACGCAAGAGCAGCGAGCAGGGCAGCACCGCAGGGCCCAUGGAGAAGAGCGCUCCGACGGAGAAGAAGGUUGGUAGGCCGAGAAAGGCCGUGGACACAUCCGACUGCGAUGACCCCGAAGAGAGACGACGACGACAGAUUCGUCUCGCGCAAAGGGCGUACCGGCUGCGCAAGGAGUCGCGCAUCUCGUACCUCGAGUCGCGCGUGUCGCAGCUCGAGACCUCCAUCGACAAGAUGAGCGCCGCCGUAGUGUCAUUCGGCAGCAUGCUGGUAGAAUCCAAGGUCCUACUUCCACACGCCAACUUGAGGGAUAGCCUGAGCGAGACAGUGCAGACGUGUCUCGAGUCGGUGCGAGAGUCCAGCAGCGGCGGCAAGGACGAACAUCAUCACAUGCAGCAAUUGUCUCUACAGACACAAGCCACCAGCACGCGCACCACGUCGAGCCUGCCCAUGGAACUAUACACAGCCCCGCUUCCGCCGAUCGACCUGUCGCUCCUCGCCCCCAGGAACGACGUUUCCGCUGGCAGCGGGGGAGUGCUGCCGGUGAAACACGCCGACUUCAUGGAGAAGCUGCACAUAUCCAUCGUUUACUAUGGCUACUCGCUGUUGGCGGACCUGUCGACACCCAUGGAGCUUCUCAGUCGACACUUCCGCCUGACGCUCGCCGCCAUGGACCGGUCACGCGUAUUGGCGCACUUUGCGGCGGCACUUCAGGCCAAGCUCAGCGGGGGGCCGGUCACGGGGGAUUGGAGCGACAUGCCCUUCUUCCAGCUGGGCGGCGCCGGCUCGCACUACUCGUGGCUCAAGGAGAGAGAGAAGCUCAUGGAGAAGCAACUCUUGAACGGUGGAGACAAACUCGGAAACGGCAACAAAGAAGGCGUCGUCGAUGCGGCUACGUCUGCGCUGGGCCUUUACUCGCGACGUUCCAGGGCGUGGCCAAGGAUCGUGAUCACGCCGGAGACCAUACCGGCAAACGUCCAAGAGCAGCUUGGGGGCGACUGGUUCGACAUGCAGGACCUGGAACUCUAUCUGCGUGAACGCAACGUAGAGUUGUUCCGCUUCGACACCGCUGCUGCGCCGACGGGGUUCACGCCUCCCAAGGCCGCACCGCCAUCAAAGGGGUAUAUCAACUCCGAAUGGCUCCUUCGAGCGCUACUGUACCGGGCGACGUGCUUGGGCCGUUCAGCAGGGUUCCGUCGGCGCGAUGCCGAAAUGGCUUUGAACGGCAUAAUGAACUCAUGAACUUGACACGAAUUCGCACGGUUUGAACAAGGGGAGUUGGUUUCAAUGACAAUGAACGGAGUUGUAUCAUAGGGACGGGAGUUUGCUGCUACUACUAGCAGUUGUCUUUUUAGCAAGCUUGGUGAGCCAAUAGUUAUUUAGUUCAACAAGAGCAAGGUCGGAAUGGGCCGAAGUGUGGUCGAGCCCGAUGAAAUCUCCAC